CUGCCUGAAGAGGCUGGAUAUGGAGCUUCUAGGGUCAGCAGGUCACUUGGUCAGCCUUGGAUGGAUUCAAGAAAGGCAAAUGGGGUGACUUACACCCAGAAUUCACUAGCACAUAUUAAUUCCCACUUUCACUUAUAAGGUCCUUUAUUGCUCAUUUUCAAUUAAAUGCCAACAUGAAAAUUAAACACUCCAAGUGGGAAUUUUAAUCAGGAGUGAGGUAGUUGUCCUGACUGUCUUCCUGGCAGAGAAGCACAAAACAAUGGAGGGAGUGUAAACAGACAGGACACAUUUCUGGUGCUGGGACUACACAGUAGGUAUUAGUUCUGUUCCCUGUUUGACUUGGGAAAACAUUCCUACAGUUUCCAUCUUCCUUCCAUACACCUUUCAUGACCCCAUGCUGAGCUAGGUCAGAGAAAUCCUCAGGCAUAAAAAUGAACUUUAUUUAAAAAAGAAAAAAAAUUAGAAAUAAAUUAUUAAGCCUAUUCUAGUAGGUCAGCUGUGCAAAUGCUGGUGCAGUGAAGAGAAGAAGAGAAAAAAUUAUUUUCAGAAACAGUUUGAGUCUAUGCUGCCUUCAGUUGAGUGCUUUCAAUCUAAUAUAGUUUAUUGCACAUCAUGCUCAAGCCUGAGAAGAUAUUUCCGUGCUCUGGUUUUGGAUUUGUGGGUAGAACUUAGCCUUGGGCAUCAGUGAGUGGUCAUGCUGCGGACUCAGUUUUAACACCAGCAACAGGACACCUUUAGGGAGAGAAGCCUCAGGCCUCUCAUUUAUGCAAUUUAAAAAUGCAUUUUCAGCAAAUGUUUCUCUUUUGGUUUUGCCAGCAGUUGAGGAAGAGCUCAGGCAUUAUUACUAAGGAAAACUUGUUUUCGAAAGCUGUUACUGUAUUCUAUAGAACCUGCAGGUAUAUGCUAAUAAGACAGAGUAAUAUUACUCGUUUGAAAUCUAUCAUAGAUCAAAAAAAACCUUGAGGCUGAAUUGUACCUCUGGAGCCCUCCUAACCUGGUCAAAGAAGGACCAGCUCCAAAGACAGUUACACUGGUCGCUUUUCAGUUACUUGCUACUUAUCUCUUACCAUUAGGGCAUCUUCUUACAAGUCUACUACUACUUUAAAGAGUCACAGGAUGUUCUGAGCUGGAAAGGACCCACAAGGAUCAUUGAGUCCAACUCCUAAGUGAACAGCACAUAGAAAUGAAAUUAAAGCUCAGCUUUCAGCCCCCAUAAUAUCACACACUUUUGUUUCAAGGACCAUACACAGCAGGACAAGCGUCCACUGUGGAAGUGUCCAGUGAGCUGAGUGACAAACAUAUUGCAAAAAUAAUGAAAGGGAACCCCCUGAUAGCUGAGUUCUGCUGUAGAGAUGAAACACUUAUAAAAAAAGGCUGAGAGUUUGGGGGGUCCUCUUUGAAUUGCAUCUUUAGCAGUCUUGCUUUCCUUUCUGCUGCGGUACUGCAGCCUGAAGUCCUGCAGGGCACUGCAAUUCACCAGCCUGUUAUUAAAGCUGAUUUGAGGGUAAAACUGGCUGGUAGUCCUCAGAAACACUUCUUAUGAAAAAUGGCCUUUUUUUUUUUUUUUUUUUUCUUUUUUUUUUCUUCACAUAAACCAGCUUAUUUUACAAGUGGUUUCAAUGAGAUUUUAUUUGGGAAAGGCUUUUUCUCAGCCUUAGGCUUAUCCUAGGUGAAGACUGCUGGCAACACUCCCCCCCACCCCUGGCCUCCUCCCUGAAAAAAACAGCAUGAUGCCAGUCUCCAUCUCCACACUCUGCUGAAUUGACUGAUUUUGGGAGAGGAAGGACUGGAAACUAAACCUUUCCUGUCCUGCUGGGACACUGUGUUUGGUAAAAGAAUAAAAUUCAAAUCUGGUCAGUUUAAAUUAGCUUUGACUUUCUUUAGUAUUUAGAAGAAAAGGUGUAGUAAUAUUGUUUUUGCAGACUUACAAACAUUUUUAUUCUAGAAAUAGUUGCUAUUGCUUUUUAAAUGAAAAAUUUUAAAGGUAACGUAUUUAUUCUCAUUAAUAACUUGUUACUUCUCAGUUCCAUGAGACAAUGUUUAUCUUAAUCUCAGUUUGUGAGUACAGCAUAAAUUUUGCGUGCAGUGUUUACUCUUUUUUCAUUCAGUCCUUGCUAACAUCUGUAUUUCCUGCUCACGUUUGUAUUUCAGGGGAUUUCAAUAGAUUUUUACUUUCAAAAUCUUUUUUUACAUUGUGUCUGUUCAUUUUACAUUUAUCACCUCUUUCACAAUGAAGGGAAUUUUCAGAGAUGUCUUGAUCUAUAUUUUAACAUAUCCCUUCAAAGACUAUCUAGUGACAAAUCAAUUCUUGUGUUAACCAUUUCUCUGUUGGCUUUCAUAGGGGCUGCAAAGUAUAUAGAAUUGAUUUGUAGGACAGAAUUUAUUCUCUUGAAUCCCCUUAUAAAGAUCCCAAUAAGUUUUUGUUGACAAUCUUACAUUAGAGUGUAUCAAAAAGCCCUCAAGGGAAAACAUGUUGAAAAUGUUAAAUAAGAAGUAUUUUACUCACAGUCUGCCUUCAACAGUGAUGUCUUAAUUAACUUAUUUUCUGCAGAACAGCAAGUAUUGGCAUUAGUGCUAUGAGAACCGUGGUGCAGCCCUGUGAAUUUGCGUCAGGCUCACCGGGAUUGAGGAAGCUGGUUCUUGACGCAAUCUUUAAUGCCACGGAGCUAGUUUGUCAUAUUUCUAUGGGCUUUUGCUGGCUCUGCAGCACAGCUCCAUGAAUAACAAAGCCUAUGUGGAAGUUUCCGAGUUUAGAACUAUUCCCAGUCUUUUCAGUUUCCCUUAAUGCCUUUGCUGCCUUAGGGCACUAAGAAACCACUUACAUUUCAGUGUCUGGCAGAAAUUAUCAUGACACAUGGGAAGAGAAAGGGUAUGGACUGGUGCAAAAAUAACAUUUCAGUUGUGGUGGGUGUGCUUACAGCAAUGUGCAGUAUGAUACCAUGGAAUGACAAAAUGCUGUUCACUGGUGAAAACCAGCUUGGUCACAAAAGUAAGAAGGAAAGAACUUCCCUUGAUGAGUACUUCUGCCUAGGAAGCAAAGUUAAUGUAGAAUUAGCUAAUUCUGGCAAGUAUUUACUCAAGCACAACUCUCCUUCACUAUCUAGAUAUAAGCUAUGUAACUCCCAUUUUAGGACUAGCCACUUUUGUAAAUCACUGUGCACAAAAUGCUACCUGUCCCUGAAGCUCUUGUCUCAAAGGCACACCUCCACAGAAAACCAGUAAAAAAACACUGUUUCAUGUUGCAGGCUUGCGGUUUACCCCGAAACGUUUAAAUUAUUGCUGUUUUGAAGAGUGGACUUGCCAUUAGUUCCAGUCAUCUGCAAAAGCUUUUCGCGUGUGACACCAGCGAGGGCGAGCAGCUCCAGUUCCUUAGCUGUCCCCAGCCUGCCACCACAGCCAGCAUGGCCACGGGGGCAGAGUGGAGCUGCCCCAUCUGCCGCGAAGCCUCGGGUAACAUCACCUACGUGGGCUCCUGCUUGCACCAGUUCUGCCAGGGCUGCAUCGUGCGCUGGGUCAGGAAGAACCCGUCGUGCCCGCUGUGCAGGCGGACCGUGCACACCAUCAUCUACCCGGCGCUGCCCGACCACGACUUCGUGGAGAUGUCUGUGUUGGACCCCUCGGUGUCCCGGAGCGCCAGCCUGGGAGAGGAGCCGGGCGCCGCGGGGCCGCAGUCCCGAGCCCACGUGGCGGGGUUCUCUCCCGAGACCUGGGCGCUUUUCUUCAGCAACUACGCCGACAUCCUGCGGCCGCUGGAGCUGUGGCUGAACGAGGUGCUGUGCGGGGGCUGCUGGUGGGACGUGGCCUUCGCGCAGGGCAGGAUCGUGGCCAGCCUGUGCCGCUACGGGCUGCACGAGGAGGCCCUGGCGCGGGAGCUGCAGCCCUUCCUGCAGGAGCAGACAGCCGCCUUCGUGCGGCAGCUCAUCGCGUUGGCCGCCGACCGGUGCAGCGAGCUGGCGCGGCGCCGCAUGGACGCGGGUCCCCACCAGGCCGGCCCCGGCGCUGUCGCCUUCCCUGGCACCAGCGGGGCGCAGGAGGAGCGCCGUGAGGGGCCGGGGCAGGCCGGGGCCGCGACCUCGGGCGCUGGGCAGAGCGGCGGCUGCGACCGCGGGGCCUUCUGGCUGUCCGGGAGGCGCAUAGGCCGCGGCACGCAGGACACCGCAGCCGCCAACAAGGAGGCGUACCGCCGGCAGAGCUAGAGUGCUGUGGCAGCACCGGGAGAAACGGGGCCGGGCAACAGCGGGGAUCUUUCUUUACUUGAAAAUAAAGAAAUUUUUAAAGAAGCCAAACCAAAGCAAAACAAAAUAACCCAGAGCCCCAGGAGCAAUUUAAAAACCGCGUGAAAAGCCUUAAUCUCUCAUUACAAGCCUUGCAUGUGGCAUUGCCAGCGCUAUUACCCACGUGUCAUCUUCUCCCGGUGCUGUGCACACCUGCCCCCUGGUGUGUGUCCUGCAACUCCACUUACGACUACGGUUGUCUGCCGUAGAUUGAAGCCCCAGUCCAUCUGUCAGAGUGUAUUUCUCACAGUUUCUUCAAGAGAUUAUAUUAUUACCGCCUCAAGUCUUAGUUCCAGUGUGUGUCUCAGUUUAUUAGCAAAUUGAUGGAAUUCCAGAGAAAUAGAAUUGUCCAUUAUACUGCUGUUGAGUAUAACUUCAGCUCUUUGAUGAUUUUUUUUUUAUUAUGAUCAAGACAUUUAAAUAUGUAUUAAAAAUUAGCUUUGUUUCCUUUUAAAUAUUUUACAUGAAUUCUUGGUGUAGACAUUCUGUGAGUGUGAAGACUUAAUUCUUUCUAUCAAGAGAUCGACAUAUUGCUAAUAUUCCAGCAAGAGGUCUUUAAUGUUUUUCUUACUUAAAGUAGAAGCC